AGGAGGAGCACCGCGCCCGCCCGGUCUCCCUCCGAGGAAGGAGGCAGCUGCGCUUCAGAUUGUUAGUAAAUGUAUAUCAAGCAGGCAGCCAAGAAUGAAGAAAGCAAGCCGGAAUAUUAGUUCGGUGCCCAAAGUGCCUGGCAUAACUAAGAUGCAAACAGUAGAGAAAGCUAAAACAGAGACCAGUUCCACCACGUCUGCAGUAACGAAACUUCCAAAAGCAGGAACAGCAGCCUCCUUCCUGAAGACAAAGAGCAGCGACGAUCUUCUAGCUGGAAUGGCCGGAGGGGUGAACGUCAGCAACGGUGUCAAGGGGGGCAAGAAGAACGUUUCUACCUCGACAGCCCCGUCUGCUGCGGGGAGCACCGUCGUGAAUCCCGUGGAGAGCAAAUCAAAGCCCACCGCAGGUAUGAAUUCUUCAGCGAAGCGUAGCACUUCAUCUGGAAAUAAGGAAUCCAGCUCUUCUCGGGAAAGAAUUCGUGACCGUUCGCGACCAACUCAAAGCAAAAAACUGCCCCUGACUGGUCAGACGAGCAGCGAUGUCCUCCUUGCGAAACGUUCCCGCAGCCGUGCCAGCCAGGAUUCCGAUGUUCGCAUGAGCAAGUCGAAGUCAGACAACCAGAUCAGUGAUAAAUCUGUUCUAGAGGCGAAAGUGAAGGAUCUCUUGAUGCUAGCCAAAACGAAAGACGUGGAGAUCCUCCACCUAAGGAACGAACUAAGGGAGAUGCGUGCUCAGCUGGGCCUUCACGAAGACCCAUUUGAGGGUGAUGACAAGUCCGAGGAUAAAGAAGCAAUUGUGAUCCACCAGCCGACGGAUGUGGAAUCCACGCUGCUGCAUUUGCAAGAGCAGAACUCUGCCAUACGGGAGGAGUUGAAUCAGCUGAAGAAUGAAAACCGGAUGCUAAAAGAUAGAUUAAACGCCUUGGGUUUCUCUCUAGAGCAAAGGUUGGAUAAUUCCGAAAAGCUGUUUGGCUACCAAUCUCUGAGCCCGGAAAUGACAACCGGCAGCCACAGCGAUGGUGGAGGAACCGUUACUUCUUCGGUAGAAGGUUCCGCUCCUGGUUCCAUGGAAGACCUCCUGAGCCAGGACGAGAAUACCUUGAUGGACAAUCAGCACAGUAACUCCAUGGACAACCUAGACAGUGAGUGCAGCGAAGUGUAUCAGCCGCUCACGUCCAGUGACGAUGCUCUGGAUGCUCCCUCGUCCUCAGAGUCGGAAGGAUUGCCGAGCAUGGAGACCUCAAGAAAAGGGAGCAGCGGCAACGCCAGCGAAGUGUCCGUGGCUUGCUUGACGGAACGGAUUCACCAGAUGGAAGAGAAUCAGCACAGCACAGCGGAAGAACUCCAAGCAACGCUCCAGGAACUUGCAGAUUUGCAGCAAAUCACGCAGGAGUUGAACAGCGAGAACGAAAGGCUUGGAGAGGAAAAGGUGAUCCUCAUGGAAUCUUUGUGUCAGCAAAGCGACAAGUUGGAACACUUCAGCCGACAAAUCGAGUACUUCCGCUCUCUUUUAGACGAGCAUCAUAUAUCCUACGUUAUUGAUGAAGACAUGAAAAGUGGACGCUACAUGGAGCUCGAGCAACGUUUUAUGGACCUGGCGGAGAAUGCCCGCUUCGAAAGGGAGCAGCUUCUGGGUGUCCAGCAGCACCUGAGCAACACUUUGAAGAUGGCCGAACAAGACAAUAAGGAAGCCCAAGAGAUGAUAGGGGCGUUGAAGGAACGGAAUCACCACAUGGAGCGAAUUCUUGACUCGGAGCAGAAGAGCAAGGCCGCUCUGGCGGCCACCUUGGACGAGUACAAGGCUACCGUCUCCAGUGACCAAAUUGAGAUGAACCGGUUAAAAGCGCAGCUGGAACACGAGAGGCAGAAAGUCGCUGAGCUCUAUUCCAUACACAAAUCGGGGGAUAAGUCAGACAUCCAGGACUUGCUAGAGAGCGUCCGGCUUGACAAAGAGAAAGCAGAGACAUUAGCCGGCAACUUACAGGAAGAGCUUGCUCGGACACGUAACGAUGCCAAUCGUCUCCAGGAUGCCAUCGCAAAGAUAGAAGAUGAGUAUCGAGCUUUCCGAGAAGAAGCCAAAAAGCAAAUUGAGGAUCUGAACGUGACCUUAGAGAAAAUACGCGCAGAUUUGGAGGAAAAGGAAACAGAAAGGAGUGACAUGAAAGAAACCAUAUUUGAACUGGAGGACGAAGUGGAGCAGCAUCGAGCGGUGAAACUCCACGACAACCUCAUCAUCACUGACUUGGAGAACACAGUUAAGAAGCUUCAAGAUCAAAAGCAUGACAUGGAAAGAGAGAUCAAGACCCUGCACAGGCGGCUGAGGGAAGAGUCUGCAGAGUGGCGCCAAUUUCAAGCAGACUUGCAGACUGCUGUGGUCAUUGCUAAUGACAUCAAAUCUGAAGCCCAGGAGGAAAUUGGGGACUUGAAGCGCAGGCUGCAUGAAGCUCAAGAAAAGAAUGAAAAGCUCACCAAAGAGCUCGAGGAAAUAAAGUCACGCAAGCAAGAAGAGGAGCGUGGCCGAGUUUACAACUACAUGAAUGCUGUGGAAAGAGAUUUGGCAGCCUUGCGGCAAGGCAUGGGGCUGAGCAGGAGGUCCUCCACCUCUUCGGAACCGACCCCCACGGUCAAAACACUCAUCAAGUCCUUUGAUAGCGCCUCACAAGUUAUAUAUGCUACAGAAAGGAACCAGAAAGGAACCAGCCGCACCUCGGGCCAAAUCAUAUGGGACAAUGCAUCAUCAGACUUUUCUGUUGCCUACAAAGAAAAUCUACACUCCGUCCUUUGGGUUCCUAGUCCUGCUGGAGCUACAAUCCCCCGAACUCCACUGAGCCCAAGUCCUUUGAAAACCCCCCCGGCAGCUGCCGUCUCCCCAAUGCAGAGACACUCCAUCAGUGGACCAAUAUCUGCUCCUAAGCCGCUUGCUACGUUAUCAGACAAAAGGUCCAGCUAUGCGGAACUUCCAGUUCAAGAUCAUUUGCUGAGAACUUCUUCUACCAGCAGACCCGCUUCUCUGCCAAGAGUUCCUGCUAUGGAAAGCGCUAAAUCUCUCUCUGUGUCUCGCCGAAGCAGUGAAGAAAUCAAGCGGGAGAUGACCGCUCCUGAUGGAACAUCUCCAGCCUCCCUCGUAGCAAUUGGGACCGCUUCGCCACAACUGUCGCUCUCAUCUUCACCCACAGCGUCGGUCACUCCUACAACACGGAGUCGAAUAAGGGAGGAGAGGAAAGACCCUCUGUCUGCCCUGGCGAGGGAGUACGGGGGCUCCAAGAGAAACGCUCUGCUGAAGUGGUGCCAGAAGAAGACCGAGGGCUAUGAGAAUAUCGAUAUCACCAACUUCAGCAGCAGCUGGAACGAUGGCUUGGCGUUCUGCGCUGUCCUCCACACUUACCUCCCAGCGCACAUUCCCUACCAGGAGCUGAACAGUCAGGACAAGAGAAGAAACUUCACGCUGGCUUUCCAGGCCGCUGAGAGCGUUGGCAUCAAAUCCACUUUGGAUAUUAAUGAAAUGGUACGAACGGAGCGUCCAGACUGGCAGAACGUUAUGCUCUACGUCACGGCAAUUUACAAAUACUUUGAAACCUGAGAGCAGGACAAGCGGAGAGAAGCAGAAACUCAAAGACUGUGCCCUAAAACCAACUGACCUCUUUUGGUGGACCCCUCCGGUCAGUUGAGCGAGCCAGGUUUAGUUACCAGAACGAUUGGGCAAACUCAGCAUUAAGUGUUAACGAAGAUUUCGUCCUUUUCUUGCCAGAGACUAAACCGAAUAUAAGCUGCAAAAAGCACAAGGCUAAAGAAGGUCACCUGAUUGUAUCACAAAGACUUUCUUGAGAAAGUGUCCCUAAAUGUUGGGUAAAUAUUAUUUUUGUGACACCCCCAGUGCUCCCCAGAGCAGGAGAAGCGGCUUGUUGCAACCUCGUCAAAGCCGUUGGAGAUCAUCUCCGUCUCUUCAGCUAAAAGAAGCGCACAGGUGCCUUUUCCUUGCCGCGUUCACCUGUCUGCAGGUGCUGCCACCUGACCAGGGCUGCGCGCAGCCAAGGAGUCUGUGUCUUCAGGCGACCUCUUUCAAGGUUCGAUUGUAAUAAAGGUCCUGCCUCAAUUAAAUGGGGGGCGGGGGUGUCUGGGGGAGCAGGCAUAUCCCCCCCCCCAGAUUCCAGGAGACGACCACAUGGAGAUCUGUUGACUUUUCCUUGAGAAGAACUAACUUUUCCUUCUUGGCUUUUCUUUUUAACGGUGCUUCGGAUAAAGUUUGUUUCAGAUGAAGAGAAUGUUUGGGUCACAGGACAGGAUAAGCUUUUCAAAAACUGCUCAACGUUUCACCACGAAGAUCUUAACCCCUGUGGGGUCUUGCAAGUGGCUUCGCAGUUUCUCCACCUCCCACCCCAUGUAGCUGCUGCUGCUCCUGCAUGUGGGGCUGAAGGAAAGGGGGCUUCCGGGACCCUCCCGGUGCAGCAUCUUUAAAGGAGGAAUGGGUGCCCCUCUCUGCAGGCUGAGCUCUUUGGGUUAAAACUGGUUGAAUAGGUGGAAUUAAUCCUCAUCGGGAGACGGAAGAACAACUUGGGAGCUCCGCCUGUGGCUUUGAACCAGCCUGGCCCAACGCUUGGGGGGGGGGGGGCAGCAGCAGCCUCCAGCAGACCAGGGGGGGGCCAGGGCCCCCCCCCCUCCCCCGAGAGGCCUUGGCAAAGAAGCAGCGCCAGGGUUCACUGCUGGGCAAUGAAAGAAGGGGUUCCCCCCUCCCCCUUUUCCCUGGAGGGGCCAAGCGGUCAUCUCCCCAAACCCCUUUUGCCUUUUUGAACACGAGUCUGUUACCUUUCGUUUGCAAAUGUACUUUGCUUUUUCCCACUCAACGUGCAUUCUGCAUUCUUCGAUGUGCCUGGCAGAGGACUUUGAAUGUUUUUGGUGUGUUGAGCUGUCAAGAAUAUAAUCCAGUCCCACAGUUUAGCCUCGAAAACGCUCUUGGACGGGCACUGAAACCAGACUCGGUCCUGAAGCUAGUCAGAAUGAACUCUGAAGAAUGUAGCCAGGAAUUUUUCUUGUGCCUCUUGUACAUCAUUCACAGUGCAAAAAAACAUUUUACAAACUCUUUUAAGCUCACCUCUGUCAGCUGCCUCGUGGGUUCCCCACUCCCAACGCUCGCUUUCUGGUUUCCCUCAAAGGAGCCCGCAAAUACCCGACAAAUUUGCCUUGGGAUUCCUUCUGUGGAGAUGAGAGCAUGAGAGGAAAUCCACGGGGAGCUGGCUCUACGCCUCCCAGCAGUCUUCUGUUGGUCUUAAAGGGAGUCUUUGCGCCAAACGGGGCACUGCCGUCCCUGGAGUCUCUGGACACGGUGCUGGAAGGAAGGUGGCCUUCCGGUCUCUUCUUCCUUCCGGAGUCUAAAAUGAUGAGGCCUUGUGUCUUGUGUCCCGUUUCUCCCCACCCCCCCUGUUUUGCAUCCUAGAAGACGACGUAUAUUUUUCUCGUAAGCAGAUGGCAACUCAUUGUAGCCCAGGAAGAGCGAGGCGAGUGAGUUUUAUGCAGGAGUUGCUCCAGGAAUUAAUUCUUUCUCUGCCCUUCAAGGGAGGGAAGGAGGCGUCGGUGGAAGGGAGAUGUGCAAAGGAGGAAAGGCCUACAGAACAGGGAAGGCUGGCUUUCUGGCAGUGACGAUCUGUAACUUUUGUUAAAGAUGGAAUUGUAUAUUAAGAUCUCACCCCCCACAAAAAAUAUUUUACCAAGGAAAACACUCAAAAGGGUGAAAGAAAUCUAAAGGAGCUUCUCAUUCUACCAUAGAAGAUCGCUUAACAGAGUUCUUUGUUACAUUAAAUAUUCUUGAAUUCUUUAG